CUUUUCCCGACUGUUUUUUAAGCAGGUUCAUCUGGUGGAAUAGGGGUUACGGAAAACGUUUUUCUCCAUUGAAUGAACCAAGUUUAGCGUUUCACUUCUUCAUUUGAUUUGGCAGUUCUGAGAAAAACAAUGACGGCCAUCACAGAAACAUCCUCGACGAGAGUCGAGGCGGCCACUUCCUCCACGAAAUUGUCGGAAGAAGGCAAGCGCAAGCGGACCAAAGGUGUCCGUAAAACAGAGGCAAGAAGAGAGGAGGUCACAGCUUUGCUAGCUUCUCUUCCAAUUCCGGAACUCGUUAGAUGCAGCACUGGUGCUACAACGACCUCUAUGUUAUCAUCCUCUAGUGGGGAUGCUUCAUCGAGUACGUCAGCAACGUUAAUAUUCCAGAAGAGCGGCCAGGAAACCCUCCAAGCAUCAGAUGCACCAACAUCAAUUAGGAACACCCCAUCUACUACACUGGAGCUAGAGUCCCUUUUCUGUCCUGUAGUCGGCGAAGAAAGCGAAUUGAUAAAUUGGUCCUCGAUCCCAGCGUGUCUACGUGGUGAUGGCAGUCUAGCUGAGAUCAUGAGUGCGGAGCACAUCCAAGGUGAAGCGGCUAGGGCAAGAAAGUGGGAGAAGAAGAUGUUGAGGAAGCUGGCUGAUGGGGAGGUAACUGAAGCGGGCAUUGCGGUGAAGAGAUUGGCGAAACAGAAAGGGACGAGGUCGACAGGAGACGAUGUACGUGUUGUUGUAUCGUCCAAGAGUCUUUUGGUUGGUAUACCUUCUGGAGGAGGAGGGGAAGCCAGUAGAAGUACUAAUUCUAGUAGUAGUAAUAGUUCUUCAACCAUGUCCACGACGAGUACUCCGGUAAAAAAGAGCUUAUCUACUACUGGAGAACAAGAUUCUGACGCAAAUGUGACGCCACUCACUCCCAGUGCCUUGGCAAGCACGACAUCUCUAUCUCCUGCGACCACCUCUCGAGCUCAAAAUUUCUCAGUUCUGAAUGCAGAACGAGACUUGAGAAAAAGGCAGCAAAUUGAGAAUUUCUACGUUUUGCUGAGGGAUUGGAAGGCCUCUAGCAGUACGAGUACGAAAGACAAUAUUCAUACUCGAAGAACCCCUCUUUACAAGCCAAUAUUCGACAUCGUCGACUUCGGUUGCGGUAGUGGUAAUUUGUGUCUACCACUAGCUUUCUUGUUUCCACAGCUACGGUUCUUAUUGGUCGACCGAAAUCCUAGCUGUCUAGACCUGGCCAGGAAGCGAGCAGAAGCAGCUGGCUUAAAGAACGUGGAGUUCAUGCGGUACAGCUGGGACGGUUUAGAGUCGGCGAGAGUGGGCUUUCUGGAUGCCGUUAGGGAAACCUUUUCUGCAAGUGGAGCUGCUGUUGAAAACGGGGAUCCCACAGGGGAUCAUAAAGGGGAUCGAAGACCAGCGCCAUUCCUCUUUGCUCUAGGUCUUGGAUUACAUUGUUGCGGCGAUUUCUCCGACUUAGUGUUGGAGACCUGUAUUGCAGCAAACGCUGACUGCAUUCUGUGUCCAUGUUGUAACGGAAAAAUGGGUUUGCAUAAGCUGCCUGGGGAGAAAAUUCUAGCGAAUGAGGAUAGGACGAAUUGUAUGGAGAAAAACAAUAUUAAAAAUAUUAGUCCAAACAUCAGUCAUCCAGAUCCAAACAAGAUCUUCUAUCCUCGUUCUCCCUUGUUACAACAGUACGUAGCGCACGAACAGUAUGUAUCACUGCUGUGUCCUGCAGCGGAUGAUCUCUCCUCCCACGACGUUGCUCCUACUCAAAGUAGAAAGCUCGAUUUUUCGCAAACCCUAGGUCGAAAUCCGAAGUGCCUAAUCGAGAUCGAUCGUGCUGCUUACGCCCGCACCCAUUACUAUCACGUAGACUUGAUGCGCUUGGCACCAGCCUCAUGCACCCCAAAGAACCUUGUUAUUCGGAUGAUAGGAUGUAAAAGCAGGAAGAAGGACCACGUUGAAUGACGGCAUUCCCGUUCCUACCACGAAUUCUUACCCUGGUUGGAUAACUCAAAGUCGCGAAAGAAUAUUGAG